AUGCACGAAAAUCGCCGCAAAAAGAGGAAAAGCUCCCAGGAAUACGAUAAACAGGUUUAUGCAAAUGCAAACAAGAAAUCAGGGCAAAAUAAUAUUCCAUACGCGGAACCAAAAUUUCCUUUACGUUCUGACGUAGGAAAAUUGUACUCCGUAAGUGUCGCUCUACCAGGUUCAAUCAUCGAAAACGCACAGUCCACGGAGCUAAAGACGUACUUGGCUGGUCAGCUUGCCCGAGCAUUUGCUAUUUAUAACGUUGACGAAGUAGUGAUUUUCAACGAAGCUGGAGUGCCACGAAAUCAAAAUAAUGUUCAAACAGAAUCCAAUACAAAGAAGAGGGGUGACGAUAAUAUUUCAUCUGAUCCAAACGUUUUUUUUGCCAGAAUACUGCAGUACUUGGAAACGCCUCAAUUUUUGCGUAAAGAUUUAUUUCCCGUGCAUCAAGAUCUUAAAUAUGCUGGUUUACUAAAUCCUUUGGAUUGCCCACAUCAUGUUCGCCAAGAUGAGAAAAGUCAAUUUCGAGAAGGCGUCGUUGUUGACAAAAAACCGAAAAGUGGCGAAGGCUCUUUAGUCAAUGCCGGUCUUACUAAGUUAGUAAUAAUUGAUCGGCCAAUUAAACCAGGAAUACGCGUUACACUUGACAUGGGCAAUUACAAAACUGAUGGUCAACACAUCAGAGCUAAAGUCGUGUCUCCCAAAAUUCCUCGACAAAAUGGAUUAUACUGGGGAUAUCAAGUUCGUAUAGCAGAUUCAAUAUCAAAGGUUUUUACCGAAUGUCAAUAUCCGGGUGGAUAUGACGUGACCAUAGGAACAUCCGAGCGCGGUAAAGUAGUGGAGGAUGCAAUUAGUGAAUUACCAGAAUUCAGUCACUUAUUAAUCGUAUUUGGAGGGCUAGGUGGAUUGGAAACUUCCAUUGAUGCUGAUCAAGAUCUAAAAUGCACUGGCGAGGAAGCAGAUGCACUUUUCGAUUUAUGGAUAAAUACAUGUCCGGGUCAAGGAAGUAGGACGAUAAGAACAGAGGAAGCUGUUUUAAUAACUAUGGCAUCUUUACGGGCAGCAGUUAAUGAAAAGGGGCGUAAAAAACAAUGA